AUGGACGACGACAAGUCCACAGACGCCUCUUCUGUGGACGCUAGGAUCCUUUUACCUCUCAACAAGCUCUUUGACACAGAUGAUGAUGACGACAGUUUGCCCACAGCAGACGAUAACAGUAAUACCGCCCUUAGAAAUGGAAAUAUUACAAAUAAAAAUGAAACGAGAAAAGACAGUGUUGUUACUUUCAGUGACAUGGACCAGAUGGCGGACGGGAGAGCAACCUCCUUAUCUCUCAUUAACAACCAGGAUGAGGACUCGGAUUCCAGAGACGAAGAAGACCCCGAGACACCCGACGUGUCUCCCAGAAAGUUGAUUUUCAACGCAGCAAGACGCUGGUCCGUGAAAGCAGUCAAAAACGCUGGACCAGAGGGUGUACAUGUUAAAGAUGAUACCAGUUCAUUUUUUGUCACGGGCCGUGAUUUUGAAAGCGUGAACACCAACCACACGUACACCAACUCAGAGAAGGAACUCUUAGCAGCUCACGAUAGUCUCGACUACUUGCCGCCACAUAGCGAGGUUUACAAGGCAUGGCUGAGGAAUCAACCGGCAAGGUUUAACUUGGACCGGUGGGUGAUGAUGGCAUUGAUAGGGGUAGUCGUGGGGACGGUGGGUUACCUACUUCACCAGACUGUCAACGUGAUCGUGCACUUGAAGUGGGAGAAAGCUGGAGUCUUUAUUAAGAGUGAUAUGUUGAUGGCGUUCGCCUGGGUGUUAACAUACAGUAUAGGUUUUACUGCCAUAGCGUCUUUCUUCACCGCGUUCGUAUGGACACCUGCUGUCGGUUCCGGGAUUCCAGAAAUCAUCGGGUUUCUGAACGGCACAGUUGUCCGCCACGCCCUAAACCUCCGAACUUUCAUUUUCAAGUUUAUCUCGUGCACAUGCGCAGUAGGAGCCGGGCUGCCUCUGGGUCCCGAGGGCCCUAUGAUACAUAUAGGAGCCAUCAUAGGGAAUGGACUGAGUCAAUUUCGAUCACGAACGUUCGGUUGUAAACUCCCUCUGUUCGAACGCCUUAGGAAUUCAGAAGACAGGAGAAAUUUUACCUCUGCUGGAGCCGGUGCCGGGGUGGCGUCUGCUUUUGGAGCACCCGUGGGUGGCUUGUUAUUUGCUUUGGAAGAAGUAUCUUCAUUCUGGACGAUGAAGCUUUCAUGGAUGAUUUUCUUCUGCUGUAUGGUGACCACAUUUUCCACCGACUUUCUGAACUCCGCAUUUGCCGAAUUCAAAUACUGGGGGAGUGUCGGCCUGUUUGAUGUGGAUAAAUACAUCCGUGAACGUGAUACUGUUUAUUCCCUCCGCCCUGCUAGGGGCACUGGGAGGCCUGCUAGGGGGGGUCUACACCGUCCUCAACCUGAAGAUAGUCCGAGCACGGCGUGCCAUCAUGUCUAAGAUAACCAAUAGAUGGCUGGAGAAAAUGGCAAGGUUUCUGGAGCCCGUCAUUGUAAUGACAAUCCUGGCAGCGCUGUCUGUGUCUAUACCGAUGUUAUUCCCAUGUCGACCGUCCUCCUGCCCCAAACUACCAGAGAAUACCACAGCGUUGCCCAAUGGAACUCACCCCGAGUGUCCAGUGAUAGGGAACUUCACGUGGAAGGUCAGUAAACACGCGGUCCAGUUCACGUGUCCGGGGCCAGAGAGCCAUGGGGGCCAUAACGAACACCCUGAGACCAGCGGGGAAUACAACGAACUGGCGUCCAUCCUAUUCUUGGGCGGUGAGGACGCGGUCCGUAACCUGUUUUCACGGCGUACCUACCUGAUGUUUAGUUACGUAUCCUUGGUGACAGCGUUGGUCAUUUAUUUCCUGCUGUCCUGCUGGGUCCUCGGGAGCUCUGUGACGGCUGGUCUGGUGAUUCCAAUGCUUUUUAUCGGCGGGUUAUACGGGAGGAUCGUAGGGCGAGGAAUGGUGGAUGUAUUCUUCCUAAUAACCGGUCAGAUGCCUACAGACCCUUACUGGCGGUGGAUCGACCCCGGGGCCUUCGCUCUCAUCGGGGCAGCAAGCUUCUUCGGGGGAGUGUCCCGACUGACCAUGUCACUGACAGUUAUCAUGAUGGAGAUCACCAACGACAUCCAGUUUCUGUUACCUAUCAUGGUGUCUGUGAUGACGGCCAAGUGGGUUGGCGACAUGAUCACACACCCCCUUUAUCUCUCCUUACUCGAGUUGAAGUGUAUUCCAUUCCUCGCUGACGAACCGGUUGUCCAUGACGACGAGAAUAAAAUAGUAAAUCUGGAACUGCACACUGUUGCCGACAUCAUGACAACGCCAGUGAAAACUCUGCAGACGCGCGAGAGUGUGCGAACUUUGGCGAGACUUGUGCUGCAGAACCCGUAUGGAGGAUACCCCGUGGUAGCACGUGACGGGGACUCGAAGGAGGACCAUCUUCUGGGUAUUAUUACAAGGAAUGAGCUGAUGAUGCUGUUGACGGAAAUGGUAAUAAAUCCACGAGCGUCCCCGAAUGCUGAUUACAUUCCAAACCUCUCAUUUAGUGUGUUAGGUAAUGCUAUUGAUCGUCUCGACCAUCUAAAAAGACGUGACCUUAUUCUUCACAAAUACGUGCUCGCUGCAGAAUAUGAUGAUGUUAUAAUGGAUAUUUCACCAUUUAUCAAUCAGUCGUCAAGCAGUAUUCAAAGCAGCUUCUCUCUCCAUCGGACCUAUAUUAUGUUCCGCACACUGGGAUUACGUCACCUGACAGUUGUGGAUCGCCGGAACCGCGUGGUCGGUAUCGUCUCGCGGAAGGAUAUGAUGGGAUAUUAUUUAGAAGAGAAACUGGACUUGAAACGAAGAAUUCAGCAACAGCGAGAACGAAAUGAAGACUCUGAGAGAAAAUCUUUACUGAACGGAUUGCAGUAGCUGUGACAUUCAACACAAUACAGAAAAUCACAUCAAACACAAUGCCGCGCGUCGCCUUGGGCAAAUCAGUAUUAUAUUUCAAAUGCACUGGAUAGAUUUCGUAAAUGCUAUAGACGUUUAUGAAAGCGUAACAUGAAGUCUUUUAAUGGCGAAUAUUUUGCCGAAAUAAAUGCCGAGUUUUGCUGAGCUAUUUUUAAAUCACAGUCUUUGUGUUUAAGUAUCAACGUCAAAGUGCAUUAAUGACAGCAUCUAAAAUGCGAGAAAACGCGAGAUUAUUCAGUGGUAUGUUAUUUACUGAUCUGUGUAAACGAAGAGUGCCAAUGUGGUGCACAACAUCCUCUCACUCCUUUUUCUACAGUCAUAAAGACAGAUAUAACGUUGCAGUUGUACUGAUGUGACUGAAAUGAAAGGAAAUUCUGCACUGAGUUAACGCGGUGCAUUUACGCAAUCUGUUUACAUGUCGAUAGAAAUCGGAAUUGCUUAUUUAUUUACAAACUACACAAAUAAGUAUCUACUGUUUCUGAAAAUAGUGCUCUCAGACUUGUUAUUUUUCCAUCACGUUUUAUUUUUUGCUGGAUGUUUACAUUCGUGAGGAGUGUAACGUUAACGCUUUACCGUCAUUUCGCAUAAAUCUUUAUAUGCCAUUCUGCAGGUAUAAAUUACAGAAAUGUGUCUUCCAGUAUAACAAGAUUUCUAUAUAGAUUGACCAGUUACUUCUUUGCAAAAAUCUUAUCCAAAGCAACACUUUUUGGAAUUUUUGAGAG